UCUGGAUAGUUGGUCUGCGGCUAUGAGGCAGUGCCCAAUCUCCACAUAGGAUUUAAUUGUCUUUAUCUGAGGGGCGGGCCUCGCUGUCAACUCUACUUCUUGUGAGCUGUGUUGGCAUAAAGGCAUUCAGUACAGAGGAAUGUAGACAGCUGAGAGAGAAGCACACUACACAUAGCCACACCAUGAAGGAAAUGUAAGUCCUUGGAAUUACUCAACUGGAAUUAGAAAAUAGCCUUAUCUUAAUAUUUAUGUCAAGUGAUUAUUAAGGUGUUUUGUUGGAUGCUUUUUGUUUCAACUGAAUAAGCAAUUUCAUAAUGGCACAGAAAGAGAAGCUACAAAGUCUGAAAGAUUUCCACAAGGACACACUGAAGCCUUCGCCAGGGAAGAGCCCAGGCACUCGACCGGAGGAUGAGGCAGAGGGCAAGCCCAUCCAGAGGGAGAAGUGGGCCAGCAAGUUAGACUUUAUCUUGUCCGUGGCCGGAGGCUUUGUCGGUUUAGGGAACGUGUGGCGCUUCCCGUACCUCUGCUAUAAGAAUGGUGGAGGUGCGUUUCUCAUCCCCUACACCAUCUUCCUGUUUGGUGGAGGCCUGCCGGUGUUCUUCCUGGAGGUGGCUCUGGGCCAGUAUACCUCUGAGGGAGGCAUCACCUGCUGGGAAAAACUCUGCCCCAUCUUCACCGGUAUUGGCUACGCCUCCAUUGUGAUCGUCUCUCUCCUGAACAUCUACUACAUAGUGAUUCUAGCCUGGGGACUCUACUACCUAUUCCAGUGCUUUCAGCCGGAGCUGCCCUGGGCCAAAUGCAAUCAGCCAUGGAACACAGACCGGUGUGUGGAGGACACGUUCCGCAAGAACAAGACCCUGAUGCUGGCUGCCAACAUCACCAACUUCACCUCCCCCGUCACUGAGUUCUGGGAACGCAACGUGCUGAGCAUCUCUUCUGGGAUCGACGACAUCGGCCCUCUAAAGUGGGACCUAGCCCUGUGUCUCCUGGCAGUAUGGAUUGUCUGCUUUUUCUGCAUCUGGAAGGGAGUCAAGUCCACUGGGAAGGUGGUGUAUAUCACAGCAACUUUCCCUUUCAUCAUGCUUAUCGUGCUGUUGGUGCGUGGUGUGACUCUGCCAGGGGCAUCCGAAGGGAUCAAAUUCUACCUCUACCCCAACCUGACCCGCCUACAGGACCCAGAGGUGUGGAUCGACGCGGGAACCCAGAUAUUCUUCUCUUACGCCAUCUGUCUGGGGGCUAUGACGUCACUGGGGAGCUACAACAAGUACAAAUACAACUGCUACAGGGACUGUUUGCUGCUGGGAGGCCUGAACAGCGGUACCAGUUUUGUGUCUGGCUUCGCAAUAUUUUCCGUCCUGGGCUUCAUGGCACAAGAGCAAGGGGUGGAUAUUGCCGAUGUGGCAGAGUCAGGUCCUGGCCUGGCCUUCAUUGCUUACCCUAAGGCUGUGUCCAUGAUGCCCAUGCCCACGUUCUGGGCCAUCCUAUUCUUCAUCAUGCUUCUGCUACUAGGCCUCGACAGUCAGUUUGUCGAAGUGGAAGGACAGAUCACCUCCCUGGUGGAUCUGUAUCCAUCCGUCCUAAGGAUUGGUUACCGCCGUGAGAUCUUUAUAGCUGUGAUGUGUUGCAUAAGCUAUCUUCUGGGACUUACCAUGGUAACGAAAGGUGGCAUGUAUGUGUUUCAACUCUUUGACUACUAUGCAGCCAGUGGUGUGUGCCUUUUGUGGGUUGCAUUCUUUGAAUGUAUUGCUGUAGCCUGGGUUUAUGGUGCUGAUCAUUUCUAUGAUGCAAUUGAAGACAUGAUUGGCUACCGACCUAACCCGUGGAUGAAAUGGAGCUGGACCUUUAUCACUCCCGUCCUCUGUGCGGGUUGCUUUAUCUUCUCAUUGGUGAAGUACAAGCCCCUGACCUAUAACAAGGUGUAUGAGUACCCAGACUGGUCUAUUGGCCUGGGCUGGUCUCUGGCCCUCGCCUCCAUGAUCUGCAUCCCCAUGGUAAUGGUCAUCAAGAUCCUCCAGUCCGACGGACCGUUCAUAGAGAGGAUUAAGGCAGUGGCUGCCCCAGUAAAGGAAGGUGCGAGUUCUCGCCCCAAAGAGUACAGUGUGAAGAGCAGCGAGCUUACCCAGCCUCUGAACCCCAAUGGGGACAACAUCCUGAUCAAGCCCACCCACACCAUUGUAGAAACAAUGAUGUGAGCACUCUCUGUGAGAGGAAAUACUGAUUGGCGUGCUGUCUACGUUAUUAUCAUUUAUUAACUAACUUUGAUAGUGGUAGAACCAGGUUUACAUUGUUCUAUAUAUCUGCACUAGGAAUAUUCUGGUUUGGUUUCUAUGAUGAGGAUUAAGAGUUUUAUAUAUAUAUAUAUAUAUAUAUAUAUAUAUAUUGCUGUUGGGUUGUUUUUUAUCUUGGUAAUUUUUUAUCAUAUUGUUGUUGUUACCGUUUUUGUUGGCGAUGUUAGUUUGGGCAGAAUUUUGACAUAGAACAACAUGUUCUAUGUUAACUACCUUUCUGUUGAUUGUGGAACAUUUUCACUUAACAAAAAUACAGUAAACUGAAUGUGUAACAUGUUAGGUAGCAAACAAUUAAGAUAAUAUCCUAACGUUAUUGUGGCAGCAUCCUUGUCUGAGGUCAUUUGUAAUCUGUUGUCGAUGCCAUUUGUUGUGAGAUGCAACUGAAUUAACCUUCUCUGUGCUAGCGGUGGAUGCCAGCCACUCACACCUGCUGGUAGAGUAGCCAUCUGUACCACCUAGGCUGAACGAGUGUUGGGCCAUUAACCGAAAUAUCGUUGGCUCGAAUCCCUGAGCUGACUAAGUGAAAAUCUCUCGGCGUGCCCUUAUGCAAGGCACUUAACUCUAAUUGCUCCUAUAAGUCGCUCUGUAUAAGACCUAAAUUACUAAAAUAUAAAAGUAACAUGCAGUGUAGAUAUAGUAGUUCACAGGUACGUCCUUAUGGUUACUAUGGCCCUGCCCAAAUACUGUACAAAAUGUUCCCGGAAGGAUGUGUCCUUAGGAGGGAGGUGAGGAAGUGAAGGAGAAAAAGGAAGAAGCAUUUUAAGAGUAUUUGUACAUUGCCUAAGACCUUCAGUCAGUCCCAGUGCAUUUAUUGAAACCUCUUUUUGCACUUCAUAUGUUGAGAUUCACCUUUAUUUUAAUGAUCUGUUCUGAAAAUUGUCACAAGAACCUGCUGUUACAUUUGCAACAUUAAUUUCAAAAGAAACGCUAUAUAGCUUCAAACCUUUUUGAUAUUGUUCAUAUCUAUCCGUUCAAACAUGAGCAUUAUACUCUCACUCUUGCUAUAAAUAUAAAAACUAAAAUAAAGGUGGAACAUUGCCAUACAACAUUCUGUCUCUCUAUGACUAAACCUGUGAUAGUUGUGAGAACCAUAAUUUAAUUGGAGCAAAAAAUAUAACCUUAACAAAAUGAUUAAAAAAAUGUUUUGAAAUAAUUGUUUUUUCUCCAGUGAUCUCAUUUUAAUAACAGUAAUGGUCAGUAAAUAACUGUUUCAUACAAAAUUUCCAUCAGACUCAAUUGUAUUUUAGUAUUUUACUUGUUUGUGAAUCACGUAUGCCUUUUUGUAUUAACCAUUUUAUACUGUACAGCAUAUGAACACUGUCACCGAUGACCUAUUUCUUCUGAAUACAGUCAACAAUUCAUAUUUAAUGUUAAAUGUUAUGAGCCUGAAUGAAAUUUGUAGUGUGCAAUAUUCAUCAAAUAAAUGGCCUUUACCACUCAAAUUAUUUCAGUUUGAAAACAGAUGUAAAAAUACUAAACAUGAUAUGUGACCAAAAUACAAAAUUUGAACAUCUAAAGUUAAAGUGAGAUUCCUUAACCGAAAGCAUGUACAUGAACAUCCAGAGUACAGUGCUUGGUCAACAAAAUUCCUUGUCCAGAAGGCAAUAAAAAAUAUUUAAAAAAUACCUGUUGGAAAAUCAAGUGUAUUUUUAUCUAACAUCCAUCCCCCUUUGAGAUGCACCUUCAUCAUCUCUUCCUAGACUGAAAAUAAACAUAUUUUUCUUUA